AUGGCGACACCGACGUCCAAAGAAAGGGAGCUCCAGCUGCUAGAUAGUGUGGAGCUCAAGAUCCUCAACGUUGCCAAUAAGGAAAAGAAGCUUCAUGAGUUGCUGCAACGAUACCUUCCACCCGUCAUUGUCAAGGCUGCUAGCGAGCAUGCUCAAGUUAGAGCCAAGGUCGUUCAGAUCUUCUCCAGGCUAAAGACCUUUAUCCAACCUCCUGAGGUAAUUCUACCCGUGGGAGCCCUUCUUGACCAGUACAAGUCAAACGACUCCCCACUAGUCAAGCAGCUUGACAUCUCUGGAAUACAGCACAGUAUAGAGCGCUUGGAUGAUUAUGAGAGAAGAGAGCUUAUCCCCAAGGCUUUGGCUGGAUUCUCCAAGGACGAAGGCGUUGCAAGAUCUGGUCCUUUCUUCAACAUCAUUCUUCGUCUUCUUCUCGAUGCUCGUAUACCUCCAAGGGGCAGUAAAGAUGACACAGAUUACCGACAGGCAAUUGGUUUGUCAGAUGAGGCCGAUGCGAAAUAUCUUGCCAACCUCAUCAGUAUCUUUCUACGACUACGAAACCCUACACAAAGCCAGAACUGGUCGACGGCAAACCCGACCCUAACCAAAUCUGAGCUUGAGUCUCUUGCUGUCGAGAGCCCAGAGUCUCAAAAAGUCUUUGAGAGAAUGGCGGAACUAAAACUCAAGCUCGUUGCAUUACUUGCAAGUGGCGCUUUUACAGACGAAGAAAAAUUCUUGCCUGCGCUUUACGCCGCCUCCAGUUUCGACAACAGGUUAGUAUCGGCAGCUGAGGAGGUCUUGAAGAGAAGUUCUGUUUCCAUGGAGGACAAAACUCUUGUCAAGCGUCUGUUUCAUGCUCACUCGAUACUACCGUCUACCUAUCGAACUCGGAUUCUCAACAUACUUUCCAAGUCCACAAUAUCAGCAACCAUGUCUGACGAUAUUAUGGCUGUUGUCAAGCUCAAUUUUUCAACCCAUGACCAAUUUACAGAUCCUCUCUCGCUAAGCUUAAUGCCGAAGAGCGCGUUGGAACAAACGAAACUCCACACUGCAGCGUUCCAAUACCUUGCUUGGGUAGCCCGUGUUGGGCCGUCGCAAGAAGGCUUCGAUAUUGCUGUUCCUCUGAUUGACACAAUGAGCGGUUUUAUUGAGAACUAUGGUUGGCCUAUUCCCCAAAGGACAUCAAAUGACGAUAUUGCGCUUCGAUCCAAAGCGUACGAGACGAUCGGUGUGCUGGCAAGGAGUGCCAAGAUGCCCAUUGAACGGCGACUAAAACUUGCUGGCUGGCUCUUCAAGUCUUUGUCCGAAGACCCUACCAAUGAUGCCGUUGUCAAUAUCGACGGGGCCCUUUCUAGCUUGACGACUAAUAUCCCAGCUACUUCGGGCAGCGAAUCUGAAGAAUUAAAGACAAUGUUGCUUACAUACAUGUCUCUUCCUGACGAGCCCCCCGUGAUCAGGAGUACUCGCCAUGCUGUGGUCAAGUGGGCGAACCAGUGCCUCAACUUUUCCGAUGUACUUGGUCGUUGGAUCGACAUCCUUGCAAUCGGAGCUCACCAAGACGAGAGGAGUGAUGUUGUUGAACAGGGCCACAAAGGUCUCGAUCCCUGGACUUAUCAUGCACACGCCGAGGCCGACCCUGCUUUGCCAGACUGGAAGGAAAUGGUGGCCACCUUUUUUGGUUCUAAAAUUAAACCGGAAUCACACUCAGAAACAGCAGCUCUACCUGGCCUAGAGAAUGCUCAUUCUGUGUUUGAGAAUUUUGAAGGAUCUCGUGUGGCUGCGUUCCCAAUUGCUCUGCGCUACUGCAAGCACACCAUGUUUCUUACAGCUCUUAAGGAUUUUGAAGUGGAGCCCGACUGGAUGCAGACACUUGACGCUAGAGUAAAGACGGAUAUCAAGACCCGAGAGAAGAUUCUCGGAUACCUACACACUGUCGAUAGUGCGUUUGUAGUCUUCUACCUGAAGGCUUGCCUUGAUGGUGCCUAUCUCAAAGACUCUCCAAUUACAGAAGAAUGUCUUCGUUGCUUUGUUGACGUGGCCUCCCUGAGCCCUGGUGGUGCAUUGGGAUACUUGACUGAGUUGAGCGAUGGCCUCUUCCAGCUGAUCAAGUCAAACAACAAGGAGAUCCGAUCACUGACAGCACGGGCUCUGGGGAUACUCGUGUCUCAUCUGGCAAACGACGCUAAUACGAUAAACAACUGUCGCGAAACUUUAAGUGCGCUCUUUGAGAAUGCUGAAAAGCUGGUUGGACCUGAGCUCAACGCAGCAGAGGGAGGACUGCUAGCAUACAGCCAUGUUUGCUCGCGCAGCGUCUAUUAUGGCCAGCCCGUGCCUGAAGACAUCCAAUAUCCUCUCCACCUUCUCACAGGAGAGAAUGUUGCCUCCUCUCUUUAUGACACUGCGUUAGAGGCUUUCGCCCAGCUGUGGACCGCAGGCCUUGCUAUCCCGCAACGUGAAGGAGACCACCCCCUCGAGACAGUUGUCAGCAAGCUCGUUAUCCCAGCGAAGAAGGGCAACGAGAAAGCCAUCAUUGCUCUUGGAAGGUUGGCAGCGGGACUUGAUCAGAAUGAAGAAACCGCAGAAGAUGGUUGGUCACAUGGAAUCAUCGGUAAUAUCCUCAAGGAACUAUUCGCCUUGCACGAGAUCAAGCAAGUCGAGGUCCAGUUUACUGUAGGAGAUGCAAUCACUGCAACUCUGGCACGAUGGGAGUCCGACUAUGUCAAGCUGACUCUUGAUGUUGAACCUCGCAGCUGCCUCCAGAAGCGUAACGGUUCACGUGGUCCACUUCUCACUGCUGUUCUCAAUAAGAUCUUUGCAGAUUGUAAAGCUACGAAGCCAUCUCUGCUCAAGGCGUCUGGAAUCUGGCUGUUCUGUAUUGUUCAGUACUGUUCUCACUUGGAAGAGGUGCAGUCAAGACUACGUGAGACCCAAGCUUCUUUCAUGAGGCUUCUCAGCGCACGUGAUGAGCUUGUACAAGAGACUGCUUCCCGCGGUUUGUCUUUGGUCUACGAACGUGGAGAUGCAGAUCUCAAGAGUGCUCUUGUAAAGGAUCUCGUAUCUGCAUUCACAGGCACAGGCACCCAACUCAAAGUUGACCAAGAGACAGAACUGUUCGAGCCUGGUGCACUGCCAACUGGAGAGGGCAGUUCCAUCACCUCUUACAAGGACAUUGUCAACCUUGCUAAUGAAGUUGGCGACCAGAGACUGGUGUACAAGUUUAUGUCACUUGCUGCAAACGCUGCAACCUGGUCGACCCGUUCUGCGUUUGGUCGUUUCGGACUCAGCAAUAUCCUAUCAGAAUCGGAAGUUGACCCGAAACUGUACCCCAAGCUUUACCGUUACCGAUUCGACCCAAAUCAAAAUGUUCAAAAAUCCAUGGACGAUAUCUGGAAAGCACUUGUCAAAGAUGCAGGCGCUGUUCUUAGCUCACACUUUGACGAUAUUCUAGACGAUCUGCUUAAGAGUAUUCUGGGACGUGAAUGGCGUAUGCGGGAAGCAAGUUGUGCGGCUAUUUCCGAACUGAUCCAAGGACAGCCAUUCAUUAAGUACGAGAAGCGAUACCGAGAUAUCUGGACGUCAGCCUUGAAGGUGCUUGACGAUGUCAAAGGCUCUGUUCGAGAGGCUGCAUUCAAACUGUGCCGAACCCUAUCCAAUACUCUCGUACGUCAACUUGAAGAAGGAACCAAUGGAUCCUCUGCUCAAUCGAUGAUGAAGGAGGCUCUUCCAUUCCUUCUUUCCGACAAAGGUAUUGAAAGCUCGGUCAAAGAAGUUCAAGCUUUCGCGGCCAUUACUGUUAUUGAGCUCACCAAAAAGGGUGGCAAGGCUCUCCGACCUUUUAUUCCAGACAUGGUACCUCAGCUGCUUGGCUUAUUGAGUUCCAUCGAACCCGAGCAGAUCAACUGGCAUUACCAAAGAGCUGGAGAGGAUAGCCGAGACCAGAUCGACAAGAUCCGAUCACAAAUGGUGAAUCGGUCUCCAAUUUCCGAGGCCAUUGAGAACUCACUUCGCUUUAUUGACGCGGACGUCAUGGCGGAACUGGCACCCCGAUUGGAGGCUACUAUUAAAACUGCUAUUGGCAUGCCAACCAAGAUCGGAUGCAGUAGGGUUCUGACAACACUAUUCACACGCCAUACGAACGAUGUCAAAGGCGUUGGCAACAAAUUCCUACAGAUUAUGGAAAAGCAGACAAUGGACAAGAACGACGAGGUCAGCCAGGCAUACGCUCGUGCUACCGCCUACAUGUUGAGAGCUGCAUCGGACUCGGCCAAGAACCGAUUCUGCAAAAAGUUCAUUGACAUGUACUUUGAGGCAGAGGAAGAGUCACGGCGUCAAAAAACUGCAGACGUGAUAGUGGCUUUGGCCAAGGUUUCGCCUGAUCAUUUUACCGCACUCGAGACUCAGCUGCUCCCUUUCGCUUACCUGGGCUCUCACGAUACUGACGAGUAUACCGGCAAGGUGUUCAAGGAAGUGUGGGAACAACACGCUGGAAGUAGCCGCACAGUUGUGCGUUAUGUUCCAGAGAUUGUGUCCUUAGUGGAAAGAUGCCUAGACACUGCACAAUGGGCUCUUCGACAUGGCGGAGCUUUCACAGUAGCUGCUAUGGUAUCUGAUGUCGCAAGCGCAAGCGACGCCAGCGGUCAAAUCAGCGAUGCCAACCUGAAUAAAAUUUGGCCUGUAUUUGAGAAAACACUGGCUUUAAAGACCUUUGACGGCAAAGAGAAGCUCCUCGAGUCUUACCCGCAAUUCGUCGAGAAGGGUCGCACCUUGUGGACAUCAGACUCCAAGAUCGCCGCUCAAAUGGAAAAGAUUGCCAUCCGAGAGGCGAAGCGCAACAACGACGAGUACCGUGUUCAUGCCUUUAGUAGUCUGUGGAAAUUUGCCAAGGCUCGUGAUGAUCUCGACAUGCUCGACAAAAUCACAGAAGUGGUUACGCCCUAUCUCGACGAACUCAAGGGUGAGAACGAGGACCAAGACAAGAUGGACAUUGAUUCCAAGGACCAUGUUAAAAAGGAGCAACUUGCAGAAAAGACUGCAUCCAAUGGGUUUGAAGCUAUUUCUCGAGGAUAUAACCGCACUACCAUCAAGCAGGACUCGCUCUCAGUCUUGGUAAAGAUCAUCAAUAUCCUCAAACCUUACCUUGAAAGCCCCAAUUUUGCUCCAAUAAAGCGUCACAUUUGGUACGAGUGCGUCCGCGAUCUCAUGGACGAAGCUGUAUCUCCAUCCAACAAACAAAACGACGAAGCUGUGGCGUUGACCUAUCUGUUGAGUCUUGACAUUGAUUUGGUUGAUACUGGUACUGAACCACAAAGAGUCAUGAGAGCCAAGGCAGUAGGUGCGCUAUUCAAGGCAAAAGCAAGAAAAGUCUUUGGGCAGAGUGGCCCUGAUGGAUCUCAGUUGAAAGCCAUAGUGAGCAAGGCGUUGGAGGCUGAAAGGUCUUUGGAGGUGCGGAGAAUGUUGAGAGACGUUCUUGUCGAGAUGGAAAGUAAUUAG